AUGCUCACUCGGUCGAGAGGCAGUGCAGUCCGUAGCCGCAACUCGGGCCGUACGAACACCCUCACAAACGACCCUCGGGCGUACGAUUCGUUCGACAAGCGAGCCGAGCCUCAUGCUGCCGAGGUAACAGCAGCGGAACGGAGGCAGGCCAUCCGUCGAUUACGGCGGCUGGACGACGAACGGGACGAGAGUACGAGAGUGAAGCUUCUUCGUCACAUUCCUCGGCUCGUCGAUUGCUCGGUUCAUUAG